UAAAAAAACGUGGAAGCUAAAUUUAGGAUAAAAAUAUGGAAAGUAUUAGAUAAGGAAAAAAAAUUAGAAAAACAAAAAGUUGAUUGAAGGCAAGUAUUGUAAAAGCCAGAAAGGAGGUCAAGAGACAAAUGACCAAAAUAAGUCUAAAGACAAUCAUGGGCGUCCCACAUUGUUCUCCUCACGUCUUAUAUUACGCGUCAUUCUCUUUCUCUCUUCUCCUAAACCCCCGAAAAACAAGAAACAUGCCGGCGAACAAAAAUCUAAACACAAAAAUAUUAUUAAAAAAAAUCCAAAUUAGCUAAAAUCCUUCUGGGGUUGAAUUAGUUUACAGCCCCCCAUGACUUUAUGUUUUGAUUCAUCUUUUUUAUUGCAUUUAUCAAUGGCGGUCGUGAACACAACAAUGCUCUGACGUAUCAGAAAGUAUAAAUUUAUUUUUCAGACAUUGUUGUUUUUGCAUGUUCAUAUCUCCACGUUUAAAUCUUCAACGUCUCGGAUUUUCCGAUCGAGAUGGUUUAAAAAAUUGUGGGUUCUUCUCGGAGCUGAGAAAUCUGACGUGGGUUGUCGUCAAAAUUGAAGAUUUUUAAUCACUUUGGGAGGAGGAGCAGAAGCGCGCGGCCGCCAUUGUUGCAGAUGGAGCUUGGAGGCUGGUAUUUUAUUUUUUCAAUUUGGAAACGUUUCGUUUCUGUUUUGUUGGAGGGAAAAUUGGAGGAUUGUGCCACAAGUUCGAUGAAAUGAGAAGGAAAAUAUAUGGACGGGAUGGAAAUGAGAAGAGACGGUUAUGCGGUUGUUUUUGUGAUUCUGCUUUGUGCAUUGGUGAUAGGGGCGUCGGAGGGGGUGAGGAGGACUAAAGAAACGUUUCCCGGCAAUGGUGGCGAUUGGCUUUCGGAGGAGAUAGACGAAGACAUGGUAGAGCAGGCAUGGCUUCAUUGCAGGAAAGAACUGAUAGACGUGAAAGAUGCUGUCAAAAAUUUUAACUUGUACAUUCCACAGGAAGCAGCCGCUGACUCUGAAACAACGUUCUUAAUGAAAAGCAACAUACACCAUGCAGUUUUAGUUCUUCCUCCUCAUGUGAAACAAACAUUUUUUGAUUGCUUAAGAAAGAAAGGGCUUCUGCUUCGUGCUUCUGGAAAAAAGGCUACCUCGAAAAAUUGGUUCAUCAACUACUUAGAGUGGCUUUUAGGGUGGCCCGAUGCUCCUAGAAGACAUUUGGCCAGUGAUUCGCAUAGGCUAACAACGCCAAGCCCUUCUCCAUCUCUAGCUCCAGGGCCUACUCCAGUUAUAGCUCCUGGCCCUGCUGCUAAGUUGCCUAGACAUCAAGCAUCUUCACCCUCACGAACUCAUACUACUUUACGUGCUAGUCCAAAUCUUGCAUCAAAGGAUCCCUCGUCGAAAAAGAAAAAUCCAACAUCAAAGGAUGCGAAUGCCUCACCAAAAAAGAAAAAUCCACCAGCGAAGAAUCCCUCAUCCGGAAAACAAAAGGCGCCACAAAAGGAUAACAGCGGUGUGAUUAAACUAAUUGCUAUUGUUGGAAUUGCAGUAGUAACACUUGUCAUUGUUGCACUUAUCUGUUUCUGCUGUGUGAAGAAAAGGAGAAGCCGAAAAAUUGGUCCAAGAAAUGGACCAAAUGAUGACAGGCCUCUUCUCACAUUAUCCGCUGGUUCUUCUCAGAAGUCUACUAGUUUAGAAAGCUCCGGUAACAAAGAGUUUGGCACUAACGCAAAUUUUGUAAACAAUAUGGCCAUGAAAAAAGACAACGAAUCUGCACCGGAUGAUGCAACUACAUCAGAAGCCAUGGCAGGAGGGUCAAUUCCUCCCCUAAAACCUCCCCCUGGAAGACAAGCUCCUCCGCCGCCUGAACCACCAGGUCCACCACCACCUCCUCCUCCUCGUCCUAAAGCCCCACCACCUCCAAAAGUUGCACCUCCACCGAAACCAUUGGCCGGUAAGAUCAACCGUCCACCUAUAGGACCUAAUCGCAAAGCAAACAGUGGCGAUAGUGGCGAUAUGGAUGCUGAGGGAUCUCAAAAGACCAAGCUAAAGCCAUUUUUCUGGGAUAAGGUUAAUGCCAAUUCGGAUCAGUCAAUGGUCUGGCAUGAGAUCAGUGCAGGAUCAUUCCAAUUCAAUGAGGAGCAGAUAGAGUCGCUAUUUGGUUAUAACGCAGUGGAUAAAGCUAAAAAUGAUCGGAAGAAGGAACCAUCAGCCUUAGAACCUGCAGUCCAGUAUAUUCAAAUUAUUGACAGAAAGAAAGCACAAAAUCUUGCAAUUCUUCUACGAGCAUUGAAUGUGACAACGGAAGAAGUUGCUGAUGCCCUCCGAGAAGGUAAUGAGCUUCCUGUGGAGUUCCUCCAAACCUUGCUGAAGAUGGCACCGACUGCAGAAGAAGAAUUGAAGCUUAGGUUAUUCACAGGCGAUAUUGCUCAACUUGGUACCGCAGAGCGGUUCCUCAAAGUCAUGGUUGACAUACCAUUUGCUUUUAAGCGCAUGGAGUCACUGUUGUUCAUGUGUUCCCUCCAAGAGGACGUUUCUACCACUAAAGAGUCCUUUAUAACUUUAGAGGUUGCUUGCAACAAACUCAGAAAGAACAGGCUAUUCUUAAAACUUUUAGAAGCGGUUCUUAAAACUGGAAACCGUAUGAAUGAUGGCACCUACCGUGGUGGUGCACAGGCAUUUAGGCUUGAUACACUUUUGAAACUUGCUGAUGUAAGAGGCACUGAUGGCAAAACCACACUCAUGCACUUUGUUGUUCAAGAGAUCAUCCGUUCUGAGGGUCGAAGAGCUAUUCGCACAGCCAGAGAAAGCCGGAGCAUGUCAAACUUGAGUACAGAGGACAUAGCUGAGGAUGUCAAUGAUGAAUCAGAGGAGCACUUGUGUAGCCUCGGUCUUCAGGUUGUCUCAGGUUUAAGCGAUGAACUUGAAGAUGUGAAAAAGGCGGCACUUGUAGAUGCUGAUAGCCUAGUGUCGACAGUUGCAAAUCUUGGCCAAUCACUAACCAAAACUCGAGAUUUUAUAAAUGUUGAGAUGAAGAAUCUGGAUGAAGAUAGUGAAUUCCAACGCACACUAGUCAGUUUUGUGGAGCACGCAGAAUCUGAUAUUACAUGGUUGUUGGAAGAAGAAAAGAGGAUAACUGCUCUUGUGAAAAGCACAGCGGAUUACUUCCACGGGAACGCAGGGAGGGAUGAAGGCAUUCGCUUAUUUGCGAUUGUCCGUGAUUUCUUGGUAAUUCUAAACAAGAUAUGCACAGAGGUUCGAAAUUCAACAAUGAGGGCGGCGAAGAAUGCCAAGAAAGAGGCCCGGGCACCAACAACGACAGAAACAACUCCAGAAAAUCGUCAAGCACCACCUACAGAGGCCCAGGCACCAACAGCAACAGAAACAACUCCAGAAAUUCGUCAACCACCACCUACAGCUAUGCGUCAAGUCCCAACAGCGACAGAAACAACUCCAAAAAAUCGUCAGCCACCACCUACAGAUAUGCGUCAACGGCUCUUUCCAGCAAUUGCAGAACGGCGGGUGGAGGAGGGUUUCAGUUCAGAUGAUGAGACCUAGUUUUUUCAUAUAGAGUAGCUAAAAUUUAAUUUGGAAAAAAAUUUCCUUAUGCUUUGGUUGUGUUUGGAAGCAAAUUAAAGGUUGCUUGGAGUUCAA